CUCGGGCCGGCCGGCCGCCGGGUCCUCCCGGCCGGGGCAACGGGCAGGCUCCGAGCAGAAGGCGGCGGACCUGGGCGGCCACAGGUUGUUCUGCCUCUUUGGCGUCCCUGAGGUUCCAACUGAAUCUAGGAGCGGUUGCUAUGGCUACACGUGGAUGUCGGCACAGCCGCAGGCGCUCAGGCUUGCACAAGUGAUUCAACUUAGCACUGAACUCUGCAGUACAGCCAGGAUGAAUCAGGCCAGAAGAAGUAAGAACUGGCCUCCUCUGGAGACCCGGGGUGCCGAUGCCCCUGUGUGUGAGCGCCAGGCCUUCCUGGGUAGGAGCCAUGCUGAAACGCUGCAUGGAGCUAGAUGGACUGCAGCUCACAGCAGUCACAGCCCCUUCUGUGGGGAGCAGUCCAUAGGUGAAGUCUCAGAGUGACAUCCCAGGCCUGGCCUCAGCAUGCAUCACCCAAGCUGUUCUCCAGGUCCCCGAGCGUCACUGCUGGAAGGGAGAGCUGGGGUUACUGUUACAAAGCCGCUGGGCGUUUCAGCUGCAAUCUCUUACUGCCCAGCCUGUGACCUCGGGUGGCAUGGAAGAGCCAGAGGAUCAUCAGGAAGGACCUGAGCUGGGCAUGGUAGCACACACCUGUGAUCCCACACUGUGGAGGCUGAGGCAGGAGGAUCCCAAGUUCAAGGCCAGCCUGGGCUACAUGGUGACACCCUGUCUCAGAAAAGCAAUAAGUAAAUAAACAAUGGGGUGUUCCAAGCCGGCGCUGUCUCUGUGGAUCUUCCCUGGGUCAGCCUGGCUCUGGCACAGGACAGGACGUCCACAGAAUGAGAUCAGUGCACACUGGGGACCUGGCCUGGGUUCUGCUGUCUGUGACAGUUCUGAUCGCGGCUGUGGCCCCUCCCCCAUUGCCCUCCCUUGUACCUUUCACAGCACCUGGAGGACAGGGAAGAUGGAGCACAGCAACCCAUGUUCUCUUCCCGGGCUGGACCGGACCCAUCUGCUAGGCACAAGAGGGCCAGAGAGGGAGGCAGCGCCCCUCCAAGGAGCCUUUGUGCUCUGCAGCACUGAACUCGGGGUGGGCGGACUCCUGGGGAUCCGCCUGCCUCAGCCUCCCAAGCACUGGCAUGACAGGUUUGUGCCAAGACGUCUGGCCUGUUUUUACUUUGAAGUGCAAGAAGUGCCUCUGUUAUUUCUUCCACUUGGAAUUGUCUUCUUUGGGUCGCGCUGUGAUCCUGCCCAUCAGCGGUCCCCCACUGACUCCUGUGUCCCCGGCAUCCGGCCGCUGCCGGCUCUGUGCUUUCCACUUCCCUCCCCCAGGACCGCAGGCCCUCGAGCCCCUGCCAGUCCCCACUUUCCUGCAGCUCUGUUUUUUUUGGUUUUUCUCCGGUACCAGGAACCGAACUCACGACCUUGCGCUUGCCAGGCAGGCGCUUUUGCCGCUGAGCUAAAUCCCCAGCCCCCUGCAGCUCUGUUUGACACCAAAGCCUUUUUUAAUCGACUCAUUUCCAUAGACUCUUUCAAGGUGCCUGGAAGACCGUUAGGCCCUGCGAGCCCAGCAGGGCUGCGCUUUAUUGUCCCGCAGUGUGGAAGAGUAGCCAGAGCUCACAAUAGCACCCUCCUCAUAGAGUGUUUCAGAAGACUGUGUUCAUCCCUAGGCGAUUAUCUCCUGCUACCCGGCCAUUGCAAAAGCUCGAUUAGCAUCACAAGAAAGCCCCUUUGCUGAUCCACAAACGCGCGGGGAGAGGAGGCCAAGAACCAUGGCUGUCGCAUGUGAGGAGUUCCAGAGUGAGUCUGCUGUGAGUGACACAGUGGCCUUUUCUGUGGCCUCUUCACCCCAGCUAUCUGCUUCUGAUUCCUGCAAGUGUUCAUUUCAUUUUAUCUCUUUUGGUUUUUUGAGACACGAUCUUGAACUCACUACAUCACCCAGGCUGUCUUUGGACUCAUGGUGACCCUCCUGCUUCAGCCUCCUGAGUGCUGGGUUGACGGGUGUGCUGUGUUAAGUGGUGCUGAUUAAGCAUACAUUUUUUCCUUUCUUUUUCAUUUUUCUUUGCAGUGCUGAGGCUCACAUUCAGGGCCUUAUUCCUGGGAAUCUCUACCACGGAACUACACCUCUGGCCCUAAGCACCAAUUGUGAUUAGAAAAAAAUGAGAUCACACACCUGUUCCUUAGUUCUCCAUGUGAGGAAAACUGCCAAUGGUGAAACGCCUCUUAUACAUGCCGCUUUUGGGCCUCUAUGUCCCAGGCACUGCUGGUCUUCCGUGCCCUUUGUCCUCCUCUCCCUUCCGCAAGGCUCACAAAGGACUCGAGGUCCAACAAGGCGCUCUGGGGCGGGGACCGCUCUGUGCUGGGCCCCGUAAGUGCCUGUGUCCCACAGCAUCCGGCACGCAGCUGCUCGCUGAGUGACUGAGUGAGUGAAUGCGUGAAUGAAAGAGUGAGUGAGCUACAGUGCUUCUGGCCAGCAGCAGAUGGCACUGACCAUCUCCACCUCACGGAGAGGAGGGAAGCUUAGAAAAGAGAAGGGGCCUCUGGGGGAGCUGCUGCCGCUCUGGGGGCCCCGAAGCCCGCGCUGUGGACCCAGCAGUAGGCCCUGUGCUGCGCGCUCAGUCUGGCGCUCUGAGCCCUGGCCUCUCGGCCCUUUGCUCCUGCUCUGAGCAGACCCGUCCCUGUGCCCCUGGGGCUUCAGGUGCUUCUCGGCUCUGUCUGCUCUCGGCCGGGUGCCCCAGCCCAGAUGUUCAGGGUGGACAUGGCCCAGGCUGCGGGGGGCAGCGAGCAGCCACCCUGCUUGUCCCACUGCGGCAGUGCAGCCGCUGGAGCUCAGUGCCGGGAUGCGUCAAGCCCUGCCCGACCUCCGUGGUCUCCUGCGGUGUUUUCUGCCACCACCGCCUGGAACUGGGCAUGCAGUGGGCCCUGCUCCUGCCACUGCUUUGUGUCUCCACGUUCUUCCUGAACGGUGGCCUUUGGGGGUCUCUGCACCUGCGAUCCCACAUCUGCCCUCCCAUGGCUUGCACGGUGUGUGUGCGCGCGUGCACCCGAGUUAUUGGGGAAUGAACCCAGGACCUCCACAUUGAGCCACACCCCCAACCCUUCUUAUUUUUAAUUAUUAGUUUGAAGCAUGAUCUCACCAAGUCACUCAUUUUCCCAAGCUGGGGCUUGAGUUUGCAAUCUCCCUGCCUCAGCCUCCUGAGUGCUGGAGUUACUGGUGUGUGCCAUGGCGCCCGGCUUCUCCCAUGGCAUUGACAUCAUCUUCGCGCAGCGAUUCUCGGUGUUCAUGGGCAUCUGGCUGCUGUGGUUCGAGCUGUGAUCUCUUCUCUACCAGAGCAGAGGCGGGCCCAGCUCAGCCGCUUCCGAAGCAGGGCGCCCUCAGUUCCCACCACAGAAGACACAUGCUGGGUGCUAGCGCAGGGUCCCCGCACGGCAGCCUCACUGGCUCUGCAUCCCAAAGCCUGGUCCCCGAGGAGUGUGGCUGAUGCAGGGUCUCCCUGGCUGGGGCGUCACAGUGGGGUACAGUGCCAGGCCCGUCCAGCACAGCCGCAGCCCCAGCGAGCCUCCUGGUCCCAGGUGUCUUCUCAGGGAAGCCAGCUCCAGUCCUCGGUCAGCCACCUCGUCUCAAAGCGGGAUGGUGCCUGGGCUGAUCGCUUGAUGCCAAGCCAGACACCUCCUGAAGUUCCUGCUUAAGAUAACGGCCUUAUUCUGCUCAUAAAUCUGCAGUCUGUUUUCAUCUGUUUGAAGCAGGGUCCGACUAUAUAGUUCAGACUGGCGUUGAACUCCUGGGGAUCCUCCUGCCUCAGCCUCCCAGAGUGUGGGAGCCAAGCACCUCCACCAGCUAAGAGCAUCCAUGAUCACUGCCUGUCAGAGCCUCAUCCAAGGAGCUCAGCUGGGGCAGCCCCUCAGAGCCCACGGGGUUGGGACAAGUCACCCUCUUGCUGUCAGCUGCCCCCACCUACUGCAUCUCCUCAAGGCCACCUCUGGAGGGCUGGCCCUCCCCCUCCCAGUGUUCUCGGGCCCUCUGGUCCCCAUCUCCGUCCUCCCUUGGCUCCUGCCACCCACUCUACCUGGCUCCAGGAUGAGCUUUUGAGUCCUAAGCGUGAGGAACUCACCCUGCUCUCUGUGACCAGGCCCGGCCUCCGUCUGUCUCUGGUUUUCCUGUGAUCCUUCCUUCCCCUCCCCCAGAGCACACUCUUCCAAUUUAGGUUCAAAUUUGAAUUCCUCCGGCAAGCUGUCCCUCCCCCGCCCCAGGCCUGUGCUCUCUGAGGAAGUCACGCGUGUGACCAACUUCUGCUGGUGCAGUGAUCACAGUGCCUUGCUCGCCAGCGCAGCUCAAGGGCUUAGCCCAGAGUAGGACGCAGAGUGAACACUCAGGCUGUGAGGGACAAUAGCGCAGAGGUCUUCAUUGGCAAAGACUGCACCGUGAAUGCAUGCCCUCGGAUCAUGCAGCGCCCGCCCUAAACACACAGAGCAGCCCAGCAAAUAGUCUCAAUGUAUGCUAAAUAAGUAAAACGAAUUGUGCAAUCUUUGGUGCUGUUAAUAAUAAAAUUAAUGUUUUGCAGAAGGAAAAAAAAAAUAACCUGAUUUCAGUGGUCUCUCUUCAACUGGCAAAGAACGCAGUUGGGAAAAAACUGCUUAGCACCACGGUCCUGAAAGCUCAGC